AUGCCGAGAGUCGACGAAGACUCAAAGGGUAAUCAAGUGAUCCGUGCAGAUUCUGACCUUCCCGACGAUGAGGAUGGCAAAGGUUACAUUUGGUACGAAAUGGGCCUUUUCACACAGUGGAAGAAAGCAGGCCAUUCCAGAGCGUUGUGUAUCGAUGCUCCAGAGAAACUGCAAUCAGAACUUCAGAGUGCGCUCCAAAGCAGAGACAUCACACUUAAUUUUAGCGACCCGUUUGCUCUGCAUACCUCUAUACUGGACCAAAUGUUUCAUCUGUACGAUACUUCUGUUUGGAGAGUGCGCAAUCCGGUCCGCAAAGUCGAGAAGGCUCGCGAAACCAUAAAGAAGGAGAGAGCAGAGAGAAAGAAGCGGCCAAACGAUGAGAGUGUUUCCCAUACCGGAUUUCGGGACGCUGCACGAGGUUUCAAGACACGCUAUCCACGUUUCAGAGAUUCUGUCAGUGACGAUAGAAACCCUGCAAGGCUUACAGACGCAGCAGAAGUCAAUUUACCAAUGUUUGACGGAUCUGGAAAAGACCUACACAGAGCAAGCCCAAGAGUAUUUGAGCUUUCAACUCCAACUAGUAGCCAGCCUCAAGGCUCGAUCAGUCUCGAACCACGAAAGGCUGAAGAACGAAAUCGAAUUGGUAAUUCCUUCCCAUCGGCCUCCACUCCUUUAGAAGGACGACAGAAACCUUAUCGAACACAGGCUUACACGGUCCUCGUCCUCCAAGAUAGCGAAGUGAUGAGGACGGUCGCACUUCUGACGAUGAUUUUGCUACCUCCAACAUUCCUAUCGACGUUCUUUAGCACGACGUUCUUCAGUUUCGAGGAAAGCGGUUGGAGAGUAUCGCGUGCGAUAUGGAUAUAUUUUAUUAUCGCCGUUCCGGUUACUUUGAUAUGUCUUGGUAGCUGGCAUGUCUGGCUGUACGGCACAGGUAAGGCACGAGCAAUACUGAACAAGUAUGUCGAGCGGAGACGUACACUGGCUGCAAGAGGUGGUGUUCAGAGUGUAUGA